GUUCCUUCAAAAGUAAGCACUCUCUUUGCUUUUGGUUUAUAGCAAUCAUUGUGUAUAACCGAAAAUGAAAGCAUUAAUUCCCUUCAAAUCCAAGUUUUUAAACCCAUGCAAAAAACUUGUCCCAAACUUCAAGUUCAAGCUCAAAAGGCCAGUAUUUAUACGACCUCUUAGGUUUAGGCUUAGAAAAGCCCCUAAAACAGGUUUACGAUCCAUCUUCCGGUUUCUAAGGCCGCGGAGGAAGAUGGAUAAACUUGCAGAGCUUCGAAGCAUUUCGGAGGCAGCCGGAUGCGACAGGGAUAGGUUGCUCUUCUCGUCGCCGCUUACACCUGCUAGCUAUACCAAAGUCGGAGGAGGUUCCAGGAAGAGGGCAUCAUCUGACGUGGAAGAUGCAUGUAGGAGUUUCGAGAAUUAUUUAGUUGAGAUGAUUGUUGAGGAAGGGAAAGUAAGUGAUUUGAUGGAUGUGGAGGAGCUGCUAUAUUGUUGGAAGAACUUGACCAGCCCUGUGUUCAUAGAUUUGGUUUCUCGAUUCUAUGGGGAGCUUUGCACCGAUUUGUUCUCCGGAAACGAAGAUGACGGUGAUGACAUUGCUGAUACUCCCUAAUCAUUAGCAACUCUUCCUUUACUUUUAAUUUCUCCUAUACAUGUUUACGUAACUGACCACCUUCCUCUCAACAAAUUGCUAUUCUUUAUGUA